AGCCGAAAAAUGGGAGAUGGAAAAUCAGCAAUUAGGGCAACAGAGAAGAGAAUAAUGAUCACAACCAAAAGCCAAAAAGAAGAGAAGAUCAUAAGAGUGGACUACAGAAAUUGCUUCAUCUACAAUGAGGGCGAUGGCAUUCUUGGCUGGAUUCUUUAAAAAACAAAACCAUCAAAGGAGGUUCUUUAAUUCAGAAUUUACACAGGAUUUCUAUCGUUCCUUUGUAAACUCCAUCAAAGCAGGUUUCAUACUCUAGAGAGACUAUUUCAAAAUUCAUUUUUCGGAAUUCAGUCACAAUAAAAUUUUGGUUUUUGGAUUUAUAAAUUAUGCUUCACAAAUUUCGACUCAUAAACCUUUUGCAAAUAUCCAGGAAUGCAAAAACUAGCAAAAAUAUUUCUUCGGAAACAUCUAAGCCUAAAGUCAAUGGUACCGAGAAUAAAGAUUGCAUUUCUAAAGACGAAACAAUCAUUCGUGGCGGGAGCAUGUGCAAGGCCAGGAAGAAAUCUCCUUGUUCGCCAAUCGGUAAAAAGGGAGCAGGAUCAGUGGCAGCGCAGGCAAGCUGCGAGGAACUGCUUCUGAAACGUACGUGUAAGGGCGUCACGAUCGACAAACAAAAUCUAGCGACAAUCCAAGGAGGCGGUAAUACAAGUGAUCCAUGCAAUCCGCCGAAAGAAAAAGAACCAGCCCACGGUGGAGGCAUGAAGCGUUGGCGAAACAUAUCCCUCUUUGCAGUCCUGCCACUGGUGGUCAUACUGACGGUUCUUGUGUUCAGCACACAUAAGGAGCACGAACAUCCAGAGUUUGUGUACUAUCCUUUCAUGUACAAGCGAACGAAGACGUAUUAUUUCAAGGACGGCAAUCGAACCGCUUUUCAUAACAGCAAACAGAAUGCUCUGCCACCGGCAGGCUACGAAGAUGAGAUAGAUGAAGGGGGAAUCGGCCAGGAACCAGAGACGGAAAAUGACAAAAAACAACGUCUGAAUGAUUUCCAAAAAUUACACAAGGAUUGGCAAAAGAAUGGUGGCGGAAGUGAUGCUCACGUCAAGACGGAGGCGGUGGCUGCUGAGAGCCACGACACAGCUGCAGAGACUGCGGAAACGAAUGCUGCAGCAGAGGAGAAGCAUCCCGAGGCCGAAGAGAAGCCAAAAGAAGUGGCCCAACUUUAUUCACACAAGCUCCCGAUCUACGAUACGGAGGAUUAACAUCAUCUCCACUUAAAAAAUCCACCAAAGGAUGUUCUUUUGGAAAUUCCUCAAUCUUAUUAAGGCAGGCUUUUCCUGGGUUUUCCACCAAAUUGUUGAAGCAGCCUUGGGUUUGCCUCAAAUGUUGGGGCGGUAGCCCUUUCAAAUACAAAUUUAUUGCCUACUUUAAGGCGUAGUGCCA